AUGUCGUCGAAGGGCCAAUCCAAGGGAAAGGCCGCUCCUACUCACCGUGUGCGGACUAAGAUGCCGGAUGUCUUCGAGUCGCAGGGUGUCAUGUUCACUGCAUUCGAGCAGAGUCAGUACGAUGAGACCUUUGAUGUUAGCUAUGGGUGGGAAUUCAAGGACUGGUUCAAGACUGUGACAUCGUCUGAAGAGAGUAAGCAGCACAAUCAUGUAUUCUUUGUGAAGAAGAGUCCGAUCACUGAGAAAUGCUUUCCCUGCUUUGACAUGGUUCCACCUGCUGCUUUCACCCUCAAGCACAACAUUCAAAAACUUCAGUGCCCUGAAAAAUACAAAGAGAAGGAAUUCCAAGCCCGUUGUAUACUGUGCGGAUUGGACGGGGACAGGGCACACAAGGGCUGUUCUAUGGCAUUGGUGACUCGGACUCUCACCAGGAAGGACAAAUCAUUCAGCGUGGAGAGUCUGAAGUAUCCUACUGAGAUCAAGAAAUUCUUCGGUUUCUCUUUGUGCAGCCCGCAUGCCAACCAGCUUGACGACUGUUGUAAUGCUGUACUUAUCAAUAUCGUGAAGCAGUGUAUGAAGUCACACUCCGAUGUUCUGGUCGAUACCCUCGUCUUUCGCAAACACAACGACGUUUUUGUCAAGGACAUACCUAAGCGAACGAAACAGAACAAGCUGAAGGAACAGGACAAGCAGCAGGAAGCUCCCAAGGAGCCCGCUGAAAAGGACAAGCAGCAGGAAGCUCCCAAGGAGCCUGCCAAGAAGGACAAGCAGCAGGAGCCUCCCAAGGAGCCUGCCAAGAAGGACAAGCAGCAGGAGCCUCCCAAGGAGCCUGCUGAGAAGGACAAGCAGCAGGAAGCUCCCAAGGAGCUUGCUGAGAAGGACAAGCAGCAGGAGCCUCCCAAGGAGCCUGCCAAGAAGGACAAGCAGCAGGAAGCUCCCAAGGAGCCUGCCAAGAAGGACAAGCAGCAGGAGCCUCCCAAGGAGCCUGCCAAGAAGGACAAGCAGCAGGAGCCUCCCAAGGAGCCUGCCAAGAAGGACAAGCAGCAGAAAGCUAUUUCAGAAUCUGCCUCGAAGGAUGAUGAAAUUUUCGACAAUGCUCUGAAUGUCAUCAUGAGAAUGAAAAAUAAGCUCAAGGACAAUUCUAUUGAGCAGGAGAAAGAGGAACUGAUCAAGGAGAGCCGUGAACUGAAGCGCAAACUCGAGCAAGUGACCCAAGAGUACAACAAGCUGCAGAAGGUAACCGACAGUGUGAUCAAGAAGUCGGACGAGAUGAACAAUUUCCUCCGUGCUAAGUACCGGCAGAGCUUAGAGCAGAACAAGCAUGUGGCACAUGAUCUUGACAAGUUCAGGGAUUGCAUCAAGCAGUCAAAAGGAAGUAUAACAGUCGUGAUUAAAGCGUACCUUCAAAACACACUACUAGGGAUGUGGCCCAUCGCCUACGAUACCAUCCUUAAUCUCUUCAUAUCCCGCGAGCGGGAGGAGCGAGAGGAGAGGAGGAGGAGGCAGGAGGAGGAGGCGCGCCAGACCCGUCUCAUCUCACCCCUCCAGCUGCGUAUGCAGGCAGUCAGGGGGGUGGAGCAGAGGAGGGAGGAGGGCAUAAGGGACAUGGAUGGCUUCAAGCGAAUGCAGAUGUGCCGCGACGCGCUUUCGGCGAUCGACCAGAGGGGUUGGAACCGCUCUUACCAUCAGCGGGAGUUUCACAACGAUUUCCUCCGAGCCUGUGCCCGUGUGUUCUGGAAGACAGACCCGCACGGCCAGUUCAGCCGUGAUCACCAGAGGAUCUUGGAGCUCAACGGAUGGGACCACCUCGCGCAGGAGAUCCUUGUCAGCACGCCCCGUCGAUUCGGCAAGACCAUUUCCGUGAGCAUGUUUGCGGCGGCGAUGAUGUUCUCGGCCCCUGGGGUGGAGGUGUCGAUAUACUCGACCUGUAAGCGCAUCUCGCAAAAACUCCUCCGCAACAUACAGAAGUUCCUUUACAUCAUAUACGAGCAGAUGGGGGUACAGGCUUACAAGGUGAUCCGUAUGAACAUGGAAGAGGUCGUUGUCCAGGGUCCUGAAAGCAGGCAGGAUGUCAGGAUUGUCAACUCCUAUCCUUCCAAGGUCGCUUACAACUUCAAAAUUUAUCGAAGAGCUGGUACGGGGUGUGAUAUACAGCACGAGCUCGAGCUCGACGGGAACCUGGACAUGAGUUUCCAUCCGGACGGCUUCGGUGACUUCUUCGAUACAUAUCCCGACGAGAGUGCAGGACUCCCAUUAUUUUCAGAUCAGCGCAUAUUUGAAGCGAGAAGCAGCGAGGCACUCCCUCCCCCUCCCCCAGCGGACCACUCAGAGGAGGAUGAAGGGAGUGAUAAGGACAAUGAAGGUAAUACAAGCAAGAAGGAAUUCAUCGUUUUCAGAGAUAAAGGUGUCACGGAAUAUGUGUGCUCAAACGACAAGAGCUUGCGCUCAAAACAGUCCGAUUUCUUCACGAAGAACAACAAGGAAAUACGCUCGUUUCUUUCUGAUGUCAUGAAUGGUCUGGAGUUUGACGGAGUCUUCAAAGAUAAAGAUUACGUUGUGAUUGACUUCAAUCGCUGCAUGGGUAUCGCCGGCCCCAUCAUUGCCCGCCUUCACCAGAAGCUGCUGAUGGACAAGGAUGGGGCAAAGUGUUGUGCCCGUCUGAUCUCCUCCCUGAAGCAGAUGCGAGAGGAGGACGUGCAGCACUCGGAGGCCAAGAUUAAGCAGCUCGAGUGCCUCCGAGUCUGUGACAUGGACUUCUUCAGCUACCUCUGCUUUCUCCUCAGCCUGGGCUGCAACCGGAAGAUCGACUCCAUGGAGGGGAGUGCCAUUUACAGUCGUCAUAUCGUCCCCUGUCUGCAGGAGCUUACCUGCACCACACAGUUGGCCGAUGUGGAUGUGAGGAGCAUCAUGAUGCUAGGCAGCUGGCACAUGGUCAAUGCCUUCCAGACCUGCUGCGUGAGCCGGAAGGGAAUUGCCUCUAUUUGGGGCAGCGUGUGCAUCGCGGAGGAGAGGGCGAUGGAAUUCCUCCGCUCUAUCGAUAUUAUUUGCAUUUACCGGGGGACGGGAAUCAAGGCCAACAAGCACCUUACUGAAUACCGCACCAUAGUGCAGAGGGCGGUGUGGACCACCGUCAACGGACUAAUGGGCGUCUUCUACAAGAGAAUGGAGGACGCGUGCGCCAAGAUUCCAAUCUCUUACAUGCGGAAGAAUCAGAUGUCAGAUGUGGGCAUGCAGAGCUGCGUGAAGCUCUCUGAUUACCUUUCCCUGUUACCCUUCACCGAAUACAUCCCUGCAGGUUACUACUACUUCACUCCGACGGAGAAGUACGCCUUCUUCGUGCAGGGCAUAUGCGCCAUCACCACCUUCCACUUCGACGACUUGAAGCCGAGGGUGGAGAUUUUUCUCUAUGUCAAGAAUUGCAAGAUGCCCGGCACUCCUUGGACCAUACCACUCCGAUUCCUACUCUCCAAGGAAAUGUGCACCUGGGUGGUCGACUGGAGACAGUUCCAGCAUGAAAUCUUCACCGCCGUCAAGCAGCGUCGUUGCAUCAUUAUGCGGAAGGGCAAGGUCGAUGUCAACUUUGUACCGGAGGAGCAUUUUGUGAGGAAUGGGAAGAUUCCGCAUGACGUGAAAUCAUACAAGGUUGUCAGCCAGUUUCAGACCAAGGAGACAUGCAUGUCGAUUGUCGGGAAUUUGAAGCUCCUUAUUGGGAAGUCGGAUUCGAUGCUGUUUAACAUCCGGGAUGAGGCCAACCGACCCGCCCUUACCGCCUACGGGAGCCAUGCAGACGCCGUCUUCAACAUCAUGAGGGAGGCGGUAAAGUUUGAAGAGCUCGGUAAGCUCCGGGUCCUUCCCGAGGAGAGUCUACAGAACGAUGUCAUCUUUACCAGAUCCAUCAGCGCAUUGAUAAGGAAGUUGUCCAGCUCCACCAUGGUGAAUCAUGAUAAUUUGAUCAGCAUUUUGCGUCUUACCCUUGCCCUGUGUGACCGUGAAAAUAUUGGGAGGUGUAUCUACGACAGCAUCCGUGGUAUCUUCGAGCAAUUCUAUUCCUCCCUCGAGUUUGGAGAUGGCAGCUGUAUCCGUCUGGAGUUUGAUGAAGAGAAGGUGCAUGAGUUUGCCAUCCUUUGCCUUGGCGCGGAUGGUCCAUCUGAAAAGGCACCACUUCCAGACAGCCAUAAGCGCAAGGAGAUGGAGUCAGGAACUCCCUCUGACAAGAUCCCGCAGCAGUCGCCAUUCAAGAUUCCGAAAUUGCCAACUUCCAAUGUUUUGGAGCAGCCACCUUCAAAGGUCCCGGAGCAAUCGUCGUCGAAAAACACUCCUGCCCCUGAUGUACCUGAGACAGAAUCAUUUAUUCAUAAGGACGAUAUUGUGCCCUGCGAUCUGGUUGAAAUCAUCUUCCUACCGCAGGAAGAGGAAGUGAUGGAGACUGAAGAAAAAGGAUCCGACGAGCCUGCCCCGCGUGAAAAUGUCGAAGAAUUGACGAAUAACGCAGAGGUGCUACUGCAGAGCGCCAAUCAGAUCAUGCAGCAAAAGACUUCGAAUGAGCCAUCCUUGAAGAAGAAGAAGCCAUCAAAGGAUGAUCCUAGGAUUGAAAAGCAUGCCGCCAUGAUCAAUGACUUCCUCGACAAGCUCAAGGUCGACGACAGGUUGCUGAAGCAAACCCUUUUCAUGUGUCAGACGGACAUGGUCUUCAUGGGUUCGGACCUGGACUACUGGAGCCUGCGGAGCAAGAAGCUGGAGAAGGGAGACCCGCUUAACCUUCAGGAUGUCGUCGUCUGCUUUGUCCAGAGUUACACCAUGAAAAUGAACAAGAUGAAGGUCGGGACUGACUUCCGCGAGCGUAUGAAGAGCUUUUCAAGAGAUGUGGUGAAUGAUAAUCUCGAGUUCAUGAUGCAUUCCUUCGACGAGACGAUGGGGAUAUGUGACUACAUGAUCAACAUUGCUCGGAAGAACAUGAAGUUUAUGAUCAUCGUGGGGGGCGUCCUGUGCUUCCUUCUUACAUCCAUCGCAUACUUCAUGCUGUAUUACAUCUUUGUUUUCCCUGAACUCAAGAAGAGGGAUUCGCAGGAGACUUAUCUUAGUGUGUGGCACUGUCUGCUCACCCUCUUCAUGGCGGGCGGCGUCGCCCUGACCUUCAUUCUCUCCUCGAGCGCCAACGGGGAGCAGCAGCUCGCCUUCUACACAACCCUUGUCUUUGGGUUGGUGUACUUCUGUUGCAACGAGAUCGGCAUCACUAUCCUUCGGCAGAGUUUGACCAAGCCCAUCCCGGAUCUGUCUCCCUUCUCCUGGGAUGAUGCGAUGAUGAGGAAGGAGAAGUUCAGGAGGCACGAUGAGGAGGAGAGCUUCUGGCAGCUGAUGGAGAUGGCAAGCUACGAACCCGUCAUCAAUGUUUCCUUUUCGACGAUACAGGCGAUGUGCCUUUCAAGAGACAUAGACGUUGUCGUCGAUAAGAAGCCCAGCAUCCCUGGAUUCAAGAAAUUUUUGAAUAUGUAUUACAAGCCCUUCCUUGCCCACUGCAUCCGGAGCUUCUUCGUGUGCGGCUUCGCGGCCGUCCGCUUCCGCAGGCUCGCCAGCGGGGACAUCGUGCCCGAGUGCCUCCCGCUCGGCAGCUUCCGCUGGACAGUUGUCGCCAACCCGAUGAGGAGGGACGGACAGGGAAACGAAGGCUCCGGCGCAGACAACAUCAAGCCCGACGCACAGGAGCCCGCGAGCAGGAAGACCUACCUCCCCAAGUUCACGCCCAGGGAGAGCGACGAGAGCAAGAUGCUCCGCUACAAGAUCACGGUGCUUACCGGCAAUGUCAAGGAGAACGAGGUCUACGUCUACGAGUUCGUGCAGCCGACCUUCAACGUGUCGGGCAACUCCCGCUUCUACGCAACGGUCAGCAGCCCGAUGGCGGGCCUGAUCCAUGAGUACCGGGACCUGCGCGAGGCGAGGGCGAGGCGCUCGAUGGCCGACGCCUGGAACACCAGGGCCCACGUCGUCUGCUCGCUCAAGGACAGCAAGAUACCGACGGACCAGCCCAGGGAGAACUUCCUGGCCACCCAACUGACGCUACCCGCCGUCCGGGCCGAGCACAACCUCUUCCUGGCCAGCCUCGCCGAGGAGGAGGGUAUGCAGGCAAGGAAGGUCACCGAGCAGAUCGAGGAGGAGUUCCUGGAGAAUUCAGGCAACCAUCCCCCGCUCCUGCACAUUCUCCCGAAGAACUACGACAGCCAGAUGCUCGGCCAGUUGAACCCGGUCGAGGACAUAUCCCUUCUCUACAACCAGUGGACGAACUCAGUCUUCCAACUGUUCAAGAUCCCGCCCAAGAUGAUGAUCGGGAACCUGGGGCUCACCAAGGAGGCCGGCAUGAACCAGCGGAUAUUCUCGGCCGAGAUGCAGCAGCUCUGCAUGCAUCUGCGAGCCUUGGCCGGGAAUGUCUACUCCAUCAUCUACGGGGAGGAAGACCCACACAGGGUCAACUUCGUCAUCCAGCCCGCCCCUAAGAUCGACGUCGAGAGCAUCGAGGACCUCAAGAUGCUCUUCGAGAUCGGCUCGAUCAAACCAUCCACCGCUGCUAAACUGACAUCCUUGCGAGUGUGA